AAACUAUACGUACAUGUAGAUCCGUCCGAUUAGUUCCAAUAUUUUAUAUCAUUUUGCCUAAUGUGUACAAGUGCCUACUGAUGUUUUAGCUAAAAUGCAUAGAUUAUUAUCGUUAUUUUCAUAUGCUCUAGCUUUAAGUGUUCUAAGUGCAUCAGGAUAUGAGCUGAAUAUUCUGCAUUAUAAUGACUUCCAUGCAAGAUUCGUAGAGACUAGCCCAAUAGGAACAGUCUGUAACCCAACAGUCGCUCCAUGCAUUGGCGGCUUCGCUCGCCUCGCGACUCUGGUCCGCGAGCGCUUGAGAGAAGAACCUGAGUCCUUGCUCCUUAAUGCAGGUGACAGCUUCCAAGGAACUAUUUGGUACAAUAUUCUGAGAUGGAACGUCACCCAAGAUUUUAUGAAUUUGCUGCCUCAUGAUGCUCAUGUAUUGGGCAAUCAUGAGUUUGAUAACGGGAUUGAAGGCGUGGUCCCAUACUUAGAAUAUUUAGACUCAACAGUAGUCACAGCUAACAUAAUUGAUGACUUAGAACCGACUAUGCAAGGGAAAUAUGAAAAAAGUACCAUUGUGGUAAAAAAUGGCAGAAGAAUUGGUAUCAUUGGUGUUAUUAUUGCUACUACUGAUAUCUUAGCUUCAACGGGUAAUCUCAAAUUCACAGAUGAAGUUGAGACUGUAAAAGCAGAAGCUGAGAAACUGAAUGAACAAGGCGUUGACAUCAUUGUAGUUUUGUCUCACUGUGGUCUUGACAUUGACAGAGAAAUUGCACUUCACGCUGGUCCCCAUAUUGACAUAAUUGUUGGAGGCCAUAGUCAUACUUUGCUAUUUAAUGGAGAUGUUCCUGAAAACAGUGGUUUUAUCCCAUUGGGUCCUUACCCGGUAGUAGUGGAACAAGCAACUAGAAAAGUUUUAAUAGUACAAGCAGCAGCGCAUACACAAUAUUUGGGUGAAAUAAAGUUGACAUUCGAUGAUAGUGGCCACCUCUUGAGUUGGGCUGGUAAUCCUCAUUAUAUUGGAAACGAAAUCGAACAAGCACCAGAUGUUUUGGAAAAAGUUAAUCAAUACUUACCUCUGGUUGAAGAGCUGGCUUCUCAAGAGAUUGGUGAAUCCAUGGUGCAACUAUCAGCCAACUGCGCUUGCUCAGAAUGCAAUCUCGGCAGCUUAAUCUGUGAUGCUUUUAUGCAUGCCGCGCUACAAAGAGCUGGAAGUGACAGGUGGAACUACGCACACUUUUGUGUCAUCAAUCAGGGUGGAAUUAGAACGGAUAUAGAUAGAGGAGUGGUUACUUACGAGUCGGUGAUACAGUCCACUCCCUUUGAGAACAACGUUGAAGUUUUCGAUUUAAAAGGCGAACAUAUUAUGGAAAUGUUGGAGUUCUCAGUGGCCAAUGACCCUUAUUUGGGCGCGAGGAUGUUACAAGUGUCAGGAAUGAGGGCAGUUUUCGAUGGAGCUCGACCAGUAGGGAAUCGAGUGCUAAAUGUAACCAUUCGAUGCAUAGAAUGUGAUGUACCAAAAUACGAGCCUUUGUCACUCGAAAAAUAUUACAAAGUUGUGUCAACUGACUUCAUAGGCAAUGGCGGGGGCAAUUACAAUAUGAUAAGUGAAAAUCGUGAUAAUGUAACAGUUCUGGGAGUCGACUACGAGGUGCUAAUGAACUACAUACGUCAUCAAUCGCCCGUUUUCGCCGAAACUGAUGGCCGAAUGACGAUUAGCAAUCCUUGUACUGAGAACUAACUGAAAAAUAGGUGGUCAUUUUUUGUGACACGAUGUGUACGUUUUUGUACAACGGCAUACGAAGUGAUAUUAUUAAACAUGAUAUUAGAAAGAAAA